AUGUCGGAUACUUUGAAUACACCACCAACAUACGCGUGGGUAUGGAACGCAUUUUCCAGAAAACUUGCAGGAACUGUAACAAAGCCCACAUCGAAUCCUCCAAACAAUGUUUACGUUGAAGAGGUGAAUCCUGAAGAUGCAGAAAACAAGAUUCCCGAGGAAAGUCUAAGGCCUAUGGAUGAGCUUACGCCUACAAAACAUAAGAACGGGCAAAACGGCAUUUUGAAGACACCCGGCACUUUACAAAUAAAGAAGUCGGUGAAUUUUAAAGAUCAUCUUGGUGACGACUCGCUGUACCGUGAACUUCAGCAAAAGGGAUACGAGAAAGAGAAUAAAGAAAACCACAUGAGACCAAAAAAUCGAUUUAGUAAUGACUUUGACUAUGACUUUGAGGAUAAGUAUUUCUCUCAGCCUUCAUCCAAGCAACUUGCCUAUAAAUUAAGCCAAGUAGCUCAACUGGAAGGUAAAACCGAAAAUUCUUUCAAACUGCGACAAAAAGAAGAAAAUAAAUUUCCACUAAAGCACGGUACAAAAGAAGAAACUCAUCCCAUGGACAAUCUCGGAUUGCUUCGCGAUCAGGGUAACCCAAAGUUCAAGGUAGAACCGAAAAACCCAACGUCGCAUUUUACCGAAACAGAUAGAUCAUUACCAGAAUCUUCGGAUACUAAACAGGAAAACUUGGAAUGGUCAAAGCUGAUCAAGGAUUGUUUUCGGGAUGUAGUAAACAAUAAUCGAAAAAUGAAGAAUAUCAUACACGACGUCCUCGUUGACACAUCGCACUUGAUUAACUCAACGGAAGUCCCGGAUGAGGCCGACUACACAAUAAAUCUGGAUGACCCUAUGUCUUCGUCAGGAAAGUAUUGGAAACAAAAAUUCGAUUUGCUCGAAACAGCGCACACUGAUUUGGAAGACGAAUUGGAAAAAAUAAGGGAGAGGGUAGAUGCGAUUAUGACAGAAAGACAAGAAGAAAUCUCGUUUUGGAAAAGAAGAUGCAAAUUACUGGAGGUAGAUAACGAUCGACUUUCUCGUAUGCAAAAAAAACAAGAACCAACCUUUACGAAACAUAAAAAUAAUGUCGUUCCGAAAGCAAAAGAGAAUUAUCCAAUUUCCAAAGAAUUGGACAUUCCUCUACGGGAAAAUAGUCUGUUUCAUUUCAGCCCCCCAAAGCAAACCAGGGAAUCUAUCAAGCUCCCCAAUGAAACAUUUUCUAAUCCGUUAGAUAUGUCGCAUCUGGCAGCAGAGAUGUUGUCCCACUCGGCGAAGAAAAAGCAACCCAAUGAUAGUUUCUUCAAUUUUGGGGAUGGUUCUGGUCCAAUUUCAUCUACUCCUGUAUCCGCAGCCUCCAAAGUUCGACAAAGGUUAUUACAUGCUACUCAAACUCCGACCCCAUUACCCAUGCCAAAUCGAAGAAAAGAGCCUCAAAAUAAGCCAAGCGAGAUUGAAGAUUCUUUGAUGCCAUCCAUGGGUUUACUAUCCAAAAACCGUGAGUUAGCCAACCGACAACUGGCCCAUAAAAAAGAACCCAGCAAUGCAGAAUUUCUGUACGGAAAUCCUUCGCGAAAUAAGCAGAAAUAUACGUUGACGCAAGUUCAUCCUUAUGAGCGGGAUUUACAACCGAAAGAUUUAUCAAAAGUUAAUGAACUAACAGCAGAACAAAAGCUUUCGAAGGAGCGCUCAGCAAGAGCUAGGAGUCGUUUGGAAGAAAGAAGGCAACAAAGAGGAUAUGCGUGA